AUGUUAUGUUCAGUGGUUUGCUUUGUAUCAAGAAUUCCAAGAUAUGUCUUGAUGUUGAAACAAUUGAUGAAAGAGGCACAACAUGAAUUUCCAUCGAAUAUAAUCUCAAAAUUAGAACAAGUGUUACAACGGUUUCAACAGUGCGCUAUAAUGGACACUCUUUAUUUCAGCUUGUUUGACAAGUUACAAGAUGUAGAAAUCGGACCCAUGUGUUGCAUUGAAAAAGUUUACUUGGGAGUGAAUUUCACAUUCCAAAUAAGGCGAGUUUCAAAUGUGAAUUCAUGUGAAGAGUUGUUUCACAAACAACACGUUGAGAAUGGAGUAAUGGCACUCACUCGAACUGGAUACUUGUUAUUCUUUGAACCUAACAUUUCAAUCCAUGAGGAUCCUACCAUGAGUCCAUCUGGACCACCUUUGGAAUCUUUUCCUCUGAAGAACAGUUCUCAAGUUUUUGAAUUGGUCAACCAAGAAUUCUCCAAACAUUAUGAAACGUAUCAUCUCGUGAAGAGUUUUCAUUUUGUGAAUUUUAAUGAAAAGAAGAAUAUCUUUUUAGUGAGUUUGUUAUUGAAAAGUGAAUCCAAAUGUAUUCAAUUGUUUGAUGAAAAUGUGGCGCAAUAUGAAACAAGUUCAAUCGAUUUUGAAUUUCAAGAGGAAGAGAUGUUCAACAAGUUGUGGAAUCGAAUGAUUCAAAUGAGGAGUGCAUUCGCUCAACAAAUUCCUGGAUUAAAGAGUGCUCUUAAAAACAACUCUAUGAGUGAUAUUCAUUGGACUCAUAACAAGUAA